AUGCCCAUGAAAUCAUCAGACAGUACUACUCAAAUUGAAUGGUCUCUUUUAGCGAACAGUCUCAAAGUUGAUGACUUGAGUGAGCAAUUGAAGAAUGUAGACAUUCAAAAGCUUCUAAAAGCUUUCAUCGAGGGUCAAGCUGAGAAAAAUAUUACUCUUCCAGUGUCUGACCAGCCAUGGGAAGAGCAGAUCACAGAUUGGAAGCCUUUAAAUCAAGUAGGGACUGAAACAGUGAAUACUGACCCGACCCAAGAAACUGAAGAGGAAGUUACAGAAUUAGAAUUUGCAGUAGAGAAGAUACAUACCCACAAUGUGUAUUGUCCUAAUUGCAAAUCAGGCAUUACAAAGGUUAUUCUUCGCAGAAGAACACAAGUACACCCGAUUCCAUCUCCAGUUAAUAUUCCAGAUCAUGAGCCUGUGGGUCUUCUUGGAUGCUUAUCAUGCCUAAGCAUUUUCAUCCCUAGAGGGAAUAGUCUUAAUCCAUUCAAGAUUUUUGGAAACAGAAGAGACGAUGAACAACCACAAAUUCCACAACAGACACCCGAGGCAGACACAGUUAUUUCCUCAUCUGCUGUGGCAGAUGAUCAAUCAGUGAAUAAGCUAGGGGAAUGCUUUAGUCUGUUUUGGAUUUUUGGAAAGAGAAAAGAGGAAGAAAGCGCACCAAUUUCUCAACCUACAUCUUCUGAGCAAGUCUACAAUGUAGUUGCAAGUGACUUGCCACCCAAACCAUUGGAACCUGGAAAAUACCCUGAAGCUUAUCCACCAGAAGGAUGUACACAGCCAGAAGAAGUAAUAAUCGACGUAGAAGGGAAACCAGAAGCUAGUGUGCCAUUACCACCUGUACAAGAACUGCCAGUCGGACCAGGACCCCUCCAGGGCUCUCAGGAUGUAGUUGAUGCAGCAAGACCAAUAUAUUCACCUGAAAGAGAAGGUUCUAAAUCAGUAGAGAUCAUCAAAAGCAUUGUUUAUGGUGGUUUAGUGGAGUCAAUUACAAGCCUAAGUGUUGUGUCAUCUGCAGCAGCUUCUGAUGCUACCACAUCCAGCAUUAUAGCUAUGGGACUGGCAAAUUUGAUAGGCGGACUUUUCAUUAUAGUAAAUAAUCUGAGGGACUUGAAAAAUGCACGCUCUGGAGAAGUCUCCAACCUAACAAGUGAACAAAGAGAUGAGUAUCAGGAAACACUUGGUCGGAGAGAGAAUUUCCUACUCCAUGCAACAUUUGCUGUGUUAUCGUUCCUUGUAUUCGGCCUUAUCUCACCUGUGACCUAUGGCUUCUCGUUUCGUGAGAGCAAUGAUAAGGACUUCAAGCUUCUCGCCGUCUUGGCAGCUUCUCUUUUAUGCAUCACUGUUAUUGCAAUCGGAAAGGCUUACAUCCAGCGGCCACCCAAGUUUUACACGUAUAUCAGGACUGCAUUGUACUAUGUUGCCACUGCAGUGGUGGUAUCAGGCGCUUCAUAUGGGGCAGGUGAUCUGAUCAAGAAACUCCUGGACAAGCUUGGUUUGUUCGAGUCAAGUGCAGCUGCCAAUAUGCUCCUUUCUGGGACAAGUUCUGUGAAUCCAGCUUGGGCUUCUCAUUGAUGUCAUGAGAUCUGAAAACAAGGUUGUUCACUAUUGUGAUUCUGUUUAUCUUCAUUCUUUCCUAGUGGAUCUGGUUUUGGCCAUCGGUUGAAUAAUG